CUGGAGAGGUGGGGGACGCUUGGGUAGGGUGGCGAUUCGGAGUUUAGGCGACGGGGCGUGGCGGGGCCGGAAGGUGGCGGGAGGGGGCCGGGCCGGAGCCAGCGGGAGGGCCAGGCCCGGUGGCCCCCACCCUGGCGUGCCCGCCCCAGCCACGGCUAAGGAGGAAGCGGAGGAUGGUCUCCAGAUACACUCGGAAGGCGGUGCCACAGUGUUUGGAGCUGAAAGGAAUAACGAAAUAUGCUCUUAAUCAUCAUCCCCUUCCAGAGCAGCUGGAUGAAGUUUCCUCUACCAAUGACAGCCAUGGAAAAGACACAUGUUCCCAAAGUGAGUCCGACAUCACACUAGAAUCACCUUUUACAUCUGCUGACACUGGGAAUUCAAGGUCUGCUUUUCCAAGUUAUACAGGCACAGGGAUCUCUACUGAAGGCAGCUCGGACUUCUCCUGGGGAUAUGGUGAACUUGAUCAAAAUGCCACUGAAAAAGUCCAGGCAAUGUUCACAGCCAUUGACGAGCUCUUGUAUGAGCAGAAGUUGAGUGUACAUACUAAGAGUCUACAAGAAGAGUGCCAACAGUGGACAUGUAGUUUUCCUCAUCUCAGGAUUCUGGGUAGGCAGAUAAUCACUCCAAGUGAAGGUUAUGGACUGUAUCCUAGAUCCCCUUCUGCUGUUUCAGCUUCACAUGAGGCAACACUGUCUCAAGAAAGACAUUCUCCUAUGAUUCUGUUCCUUUGCUUAGAUGAUGAGAGUAAUGUUGCAAUCACCAGACCAGCUUCAGAAAGCCCCUGUGUGCUGAGUGAACCACAACCUUUGGUCUUACCUCGAGUGCCACAGUCUAAGGUGCUGUCCAUCACCUCUAAUCCGAUGAGUCUCUGUCAAGCAGCAAGUGGUCAUCAGCCAAAUGUGAAUGGUCUCUUGGUUCAUGGGAUGCCUCUACAGCCAAGAAAUCUCUCCCUAAUGGACAAGCUCCUAGAUCUUGAUGACAAGCUACUAAUGAGGCCUGGGUCCAGUACCAUCCUUUCAACCCGAAAUUGGCCAAAUCGAGCCCUGGAGCUUAGUACAUCAUCUCUGUCAUAUACAGUGCAGUCCGCCAGGAGACGCAACCCCCCACCACGUACCCUUCAUCCCAUAAGCACAAGCCAUUCACGUGCUGGAACGCCAAGACCUGUGGAAGAAAUCCUCAGAGGAUCCCGAGUCCCCUUGGCAGCCGAAUCGCUCUCCUCUCCCUCACCAAUGCCUCUGAGUCGAAAUAAUCUGCUGCCACCUAUUGGCACAGCUGAAGUGGAACACUUGAGCACUGUGGGGCCACAAAGGCAAAUGAAAACCCAUGGUGAUUCCAGUCGAGCUCGAAGCGCAGUGGUGGAUGAGCCUAACCAUCAGCAGCCCCAGGAGAGGCUCCUUUUACCUGACUUUUUCUCCAGGCCCAACACAACUCAGUCAUUUUUGCCGGAUACACAGUAUCGUCGUUCAUGUGCUGUUGAAUAUCCUCAUCAGGCCCGACCUAGCAGGGGAUCUGCAGGGACAGGUCCUCAGUUACAUGGGUCUACAAAAUCUCAAAACAGAGGUGGACCAGUCUCCAGAACCAGGCAGGGACCAGAAGGCAAAUGAGAAGAACCUGCUUCAGGCUCCUGGAAACACAUGGGAAGAUUUCGUGAAUCAGUGUUCAGUUAUCUCAUGAUGCGGAGCGUGUACACAAGAGACAACUUGAAACCAUCUUCCUGAAGAGUUAUUUUAGUUCAACUGAGAAAAAAAACAGAAUAUCUGCCAAAGAUUACAUGAGUACUGUUUGUAUCUCCAGUUAUUGUCGUCUUUCAGCAUAAGUUAACCUUGUUCCACUGGACAGUAAAGCUUGUACCCAACGAUGUAACAAAUGAAUAAUUACCCCCAAA